AUGGCCGACGAAUUAUGUCUAACGCUCCCUACAUCAAAGUGGAACAUUGUGUUAACCACGACUCUCGGCCUGUUGAUCUCCAUUAUCGCGUCUACAACAAACGUAUUAAUACUCACAGCUAUCUAUAAGAAGCCAUCACUUCAUACAAUCACAUAUUAUUGCCUAGCUUCCUUAGCAGUUGGUGAUUUAUUUGUCGGAAUCGUUGCUCUUCCACUUUGGAUUACAAGAUCUUUGUUAUCAAUCGCCGACGAGGAACACCCCCUUAGUGUAGCUGUAGACUGCGUUUAUGUUCUGUCUGUUGGUACAUCAACAUAUAACUUGUGUACAGUCAGCUUAGAGAGAUACGUCGGAGUUGUUUUGCCUUUGCGGUACAACGUCAUCGCAACCAGAAGACGACUUCAGUAUGCAGUAACGACCGUAUGGGUUCUUUCAAGCAGUAUCGCCUGCCUUCGUUUGGUUAUUGAUGAAGAUUCUUACUGGUUGGUGGCCAUAUCUACAUUAUUUUUUUUCCCGGGAAUAACCAUUUCUUACUGUUACGUUUGCAUUUUCAAAGAAGCGUCCCGACAGUCAAGAGCUAUUGCUCAGCAGAGGGGGUUCCCUUCACCAGUGAAUCAAAUCCACAACAGAAAGGCGUCCUUGACCAUUGCGAUAGUUAUCAGUGUGUUUUAUUUGACAGCCCUACCAGCUUUGGCCUUUUCCAUAGCUGAGCUGGUCUCACAAAAGCAAAUGUCUUGUGAACAGAAAAAAUCAUUCGAGUCUUGGGGAACUUGGGCGCUCUUUUCUGCCUUCUCGAAUGCAGCCAUUAAUCCGUGGGUUUAUGCUGCCCGGAAAAGCGAAUUUAAAGAUGCUUUAAAGGUGUUGAAGAUUUGGAACUACAUGUGUUAGGCAUAAGUUAUUAUGGUCAGUUUGUGUAAGUUAUUUUUUAAUCAUCAAGAUGGAAAGCAAAUAAAAAAGUUUUGGACUUUUCUAUUUCGUGGAAGACCACAAAUACAGCCCCGUGAAGAUAAAGAAAAAUUGAAAUACAAUGAGGCUAUGUUCCACGAAAAUGGAAACUUCGCACGGAAGCAGAAUUUUGUUUUAAUUUUUUGUUGGAAUAAACAACUCACGUAGAUUUCAAAAAAAGUACUGAUGUAUAUUUUUCGGUGUCAAUUGUUUUCAUUGAGAAUUAGUUAUUCCUCCUUGAACAGCAAACGUUGAUAUGCAAAUAACACAAACAAUUCAAUCCGAAAAAAUAAAUAGCUUAAAUUGUCGGAUCUUGGCUUAUCAGUAAAACUUAGGCAUUCUGGAGUUCUAAAAGCUUCACCCAUUACAUUUAGUAAAGCACUGAAAUAUGUAAUCGCUUUGAAAUAAAAAAGAAAGCUGUGAAGACUUCACUGAAACUGGCUGAGUCAGAAGAUCUCAGAAGUAAAAUUUGCAUUUAAGCUGAAAGAGAAAAAAUAUCUAAAACAGCUGCGGUGACAUAAAUAUUCAAUUUAAUCUCCUUCCUUUGUCCAAAUGAUCUCGCCUACAGUUUGAAAAUUGGGUCCUUUAAAAAGGAAAGGGCUUUUCCAAGGGUCGUUGAUCCAUAUUUAAUUGACUGCAAUUUCUUUUAAGUCAAAUGUGCCCCACGUUUUUAGAGAAAAUAUAAAACUACUGUUAUAAAAGGCCUAUAGCAUUGUUCCGACGUUCUUGGCCUGCAGAAAUGGUACGUGUUUUCUUUUGUGAAAUCAGCUUCAUGGCGCAGGCUGACUGAGGAUAAAAGCCUUAGUAAACUUUGUUGAUCGUUUGGUAAGCAAACACAAAAAGAUAUUGGAUCCAUGCUGAUAGACAUACGGUAUUUAAAAAUUGCUAGAGCUCGUUUCCAUAGCAAAACAGACCUUCAGUUUCAUAGACCAAGUGGUAUGCGGUAACAUACAGAAUUUCUUCAAGAGUUCCAAUUCUUCCCUUGAGAAGUUAGCUGAAAUCAUAUCCACCAAUAUCGGUAUCGUUUUCUGCAUCUUAAGUCAACUGCUUGUGAUUUUGGAAAAUUUGCCUUCCAUUGUCUUAAUAGAUUCUGCUCCUUGCAAUACUUUUUCUUCAAAAUGAACUUUUGACUUUUCGCUGGCACAGUUGCAUUUCUGCCAGUGAUGAAAAUUUUCUUCAUUAAUGAUUAAUCCUUUACACUAAACUGAUUGAAGUCUAACUAAAAACAAAAUGAACGUUUUUGACAAAUAAUGAUAAUGUCUGGUGGGCCCAUAACGUUACUUUGAAAGUGAACAUAAGAUUGGUUAGAAUAGCGCCAGCAUUUCUCUAGCUUCUCUUUAAAGAUAUGUGGCUAUUAUUUGAUGCAUCGUAUUUAAAUGUUUUGAAAUUUCCUUACCUGCCGUUCAGUAAUUAGUUCGAACUGUGUUUAUUACUUGAAAUAUAAAUUAUAAUGUGGAACUUUCAUAAAACGGGCAAAAUCUUAUUUUAAGAUGUUCAUUAGAGGGAAUAAAAUAAAUUUAGCGUUGACAUCCUUUAAAUGAUAAUUCACGCUGCAAAAGCUAUUGAUAACAUAUAUCUAUCUAUGAGUCCAAAACAAGUCCUUUGAAUCAGACUCGUUUUCAUGGGUAUGUAUAGCCACAUGGCCCGUUAUUGACAGCCGGAACUCAAUAUCUUUAAUCUUUAGUGAAGUUUGCGUUGGAUGUCAAACGUGGCAGAAUAAAAUUAACGGCAUACUUUGGCCAUCGUCGUCAACAGAAGAAAGGAAUGGCCAACCAAGCGUGCCAGGCCUUACCAACAGAGGGAUGGAACAUUGUAUUGACGACUUUUCUGGGUCUUUUUAUCUCCUUUAUCGCUUCUACAACAAACGCAUUAACAAUCCUUGCAAUCUUCAAGAAAAGAGCACUCCAUUUUGUCACAUAUUAUUUCAUUGCUUCUCUAGCAGUUGGUGAUUUCCUUGUCGGAAUUGUCGCCCUUCCACUUUGGAUGGCACGUUCUCUUCUAAAAGUCGCCGACGAGGAGGACCCAUUAAGUUUUGCUGUGCGCUGCUUUUACUUUUUUUUCGUCGGGAUUUCGACGUAUAAUUUGUGCACUCUCAGCUUAGAAAGAUAUGUUGGUGUUAUCUUGCCUUUACGCUACAACGAAAUAGUAACCGUUCGACGUUUUCAGUACGCGGUAGCGUCGGUGUGGGUUCUGUCAGGCAUCACCGCUUGCCUUUGUUUCGCCAUUCAUGAGGAUACCUACUGGUUUGUGGCCGUUUUUGCAGUGUUCUUUAUGCCGGGAAUUGUUAUUUCGUACUGCUAUGUCUGUAUAUUUAAGGAAACAUAUCGUCACCCGAGAGCCAAUGAACAGCUGCAAGCCGGUUCGGGAUCAACAAACCAAACGCACAAUAGAAAGGCGUCUUUAACGAUUGCAGUUGUUAUUGGCGUAUUCUACAUGACAACCUUGCCUGCUCUGGCUUUUUCCAUCCAUGAGGUUGUUUCAGGGAAGAAUGCUCCGUGCCAAACGAAGAAAACACUCGAAUCCUGGGGAACAUGGGCGCUGUUUCUCGCCUACUCCAAUGCAGCUAUCAAUCCAUGGAUAUAUGCUGUUAGAAAACGAGAAUUUAGAGAUGCUUUAAAAAUCUUGAUGUUCUGGAAACACUAGGCAGGACUUGGACGAUGUCUUUGCUAAUCACAUGAAGGAAACAGAGAGGGAAGAAGAAGAUGCCUCGAUCUAUGACUGAAACAGCAGCUGGUUUAGAUAUCUUCAAUUUUUUAAUAAGUUAGCAAGCUCAGAAACAAAGCCGGAUGUUAAUUAUUUCUUCGCGAACGGAGCAAAAAUCAAGCCUUAGCGUGGUCAACAGAAACUUUUGUGUUGUUUUAAACAACCCUUAUCUCUUUAUCUGGAAAGAAAAAGUUCAGUUGCCUGCAUACGUUAUGGUUCAUUAUUUACUUUGAAGCAGACCAAUUAUCUAAAUGCCGGAAAGACCACAUUACUAAUGGCUUUGAAUAAAGUGACAUUAGAUUCGAAGGCUGACGACGUUCUAAGAUAUGAAAUGGACAGGUCAGAGCAAAAAAUAGAAAACUGAGAAUAAUAAUUAUUAACUUACUAGUAGAGUUUGACAGCUCUGUCUCAGAACGGUUGUCAGUCAGAACUCGCCGGUAUUUAUACAUUAACGAGCAGAAAAGUGAUCAGAAAAAACAAUAAAGGAAAAGACAGAAAAAUCAUCGAAGGAGAUUUUCGCUUAUUUACCAGUAGCGUUUUAUCAUAUAAAAUGUCUUGAGAAUCUUUACGCUCGUUCUCUUGCUAAGAAUUUUCAACAAAUCUUCGUUCUGCUAGGAUUUCAUAGGCCUGAUGCAAGAAUGUUGUAGCCUUGAGCCAUAAAGCUAAACAUAGUAAAGCCAAUUUAAAUGACAAAAUCUGCUUAAUUAAUGUGUUGAGUACAUACUUGUGUAAACUGACUCUGUUUCUUCAGUCAAUACUUCUUUUAACUUCUCGAUAAAAAGAAGCGUUACGGGUUCAUUUUGACUAAUUUAAAAUUCGUUUUUAGGCAGCAUGCGUAAAUAUCAGAGAUGAAAAUUGUAAGAAAUAUGCUUUGAACUCAUGAACGAAAACGAACACAAGUACUCGAGCUGUAGAAUAAAGAUAUCUCAAACACACACGAAAAAACCUUCACAUUCGAUAGACUGAAAUAAAUCGAGAAAUAAGCAUCCACUGUUAAGAGUUAUUACAUGUUACACAGUAGCGAGAGGCACUCCUUUGGUAAGGUUACAAGCCCCGGGAAGGGUAACUGACUCGGUCGCGUUUUAGUCACCCAAAACCCUAACCCGCAAUGAAAUUAAUCAUACGGUAACCCAAGAUAACUUGGUUAAGCUGUUAAUGAAAUUCAUCUGGCAACUGUAUUGUUUACUUAGUCGAAGUCCUCACUUAAGAAAUAAAAAUAUAACCUCUCUAUUUAACAAUUGGUUAUACAUAACAAAUGAGCGGUUAAUCCCCACAAAAUCCUGAUUAGGGAAACCACUGAUGUUUUAAAUUUAAGCUGAACCGAUCACGUAUCAAAUUAAAGUCUGUCACAAAAUUUCGUCAUAACCCUUCCCUUUUUGUAAUGAAAAUAGUCAACCCGAUAAUGCAAUACCUAAAAAAAGAUUGAAAAAUUACUUUCUUCCCUUUCCUCUCACAAUUGUAAAUUUAAGUCUUUGUCAGGCUGAAUGAUUAGUUACCAGCCACUUUACAAACACUUAGACCUGAGUGCGGAUGAGAUUAAAACUAGGUCAACGAUAUUUUUAGUGACGAUAUUCAUAGUAACUUCUAAUGUGGCUGCCGUGCAUCGUUUUAUGAGCAGCCGGAUUUAAAUUAUGAACCAAUAUUUGUAGACCUCUGUAAGCACACAAUUAAGGCUUGUGGGAUAAUCUUCUCAUAGAGAAGAGCGCUUUUACCUUAUACGGUCAUAUGUGAAUAAGACCGCAAGACUUGUUGUUAGAGUUAUCGCAUUGUUCCUUCUUCUGUUUCAUCAGUUUAUGAAAAUUUUCCUCUGGCGACAAAUUGAUUUGAUUUGAAUGAAUUAUUCAUAUUCACAAGUGAUGACACAUUCAGAAUUGCUUGAUAGGGGGUCCUUCAGCAAAUUAUGUGAUUAUGUCAACUUCCUUGCACCAGCGCCUGAUCUUCGUUUCAUAUCGAUUAUAAUCUUAAAGCAGCACCAUUUGUGUACAUUCAGAAAUGAAUUGGUACUGGAUUCUUGGCUGGAUUCCUUCAGUAUUUGCUAUUUUUGGAAAUGGAGCGGUGAUUUAUCUGAUUUGCACGAGGCCCAGACUCAGAAACGUCCCAAACCGCUUCGUACUGUCUCUAGCCUUUGCGGAUUUCGGUGUAGGUGCUUGUUGUUUUCCAGUGCAAUUCAUAUGCAGUUUAACUGCAUCAAACUGCAGAAAUCAAAUCGCCGAUGAUAUUGCCGUGCUGAUGAUUUACUCAUCGAAUAUUAAUCUAUGCGCGAUGACUAUUGACCGCUACUUGGCCAUUGUACGGCCUCUCACCUACAUGUCAUUGAUGACAACAAGGCGGGCUCGAUAUCUGAUCGCCUUCUCGUGGUGUGCGCCGUUGUUGUCUUAUUUUAUCCCUGCACUCUGCACCAGUCUCCAUGGUUGUACUAUAAACGUCAACAUCACUGUCGUCGUGUGGACCUCCAUGUUCGAGUUCAUUCCAUGUGUUUUACUUCUGACUGUAACCUCAAAAAUAAUAGUAACUGCAAAGAGGCACUGUCGACAACUUGCGAAGAUGAAUAAUCAAUUGCAACAUAACCAGCCGAAUCAUAAAGGUCAAAAGGGGGUUUCAUCGGCGCGUGUAAUUGCAACAGUUGUGGCUAUUUUUUUUGCAUGCUACGCUCUUGAAGUGUACAGCUCUUUAUGUCAUUUUACCAAGUUCUGCGAGUUAACAAAGGAUCUGCGCAGAGCUGUGUUUUUUCUGGUUGUAACAAACUCGGCAGCAAACCCGAUCGCCUAUGCCUUGUAUAAAUGUGACAUAAAAAGAGAGCUCAGGAAAACAUUCUGCAAAUGGAGAUCAACUACAGCAGUCAGGCGAUCCACAAGUCUUUCAACAAAGGCAUGAACAUUUGAAAGGGGCAGGCGAAAUUAGCAUUUCAUUCCCUUGUGUUCCAAUCGUUGUCAACAAACGUCGUUUAGCAGGAAAUAUGUAUGUACUUGUACAAUUAGAAUCAAAUUAAUAAGAUUUAGGGGCAAAUUCGUUUGCAUGUUAUCGGAUAUUUGGAUUAUCUCCCCACAUAACUCAAGGACUGAGUGAAGUUGAUUUAUAGUUAAUUUCACUGCGUUUAGGUUCUCCUUUCCCCUUAGUCAUGUUUAUUUUUUUCUCAAAGCUCCUUGAGCAAACAAUGUGAAAAGUAAGUCUCAUUAAAAGAUCAUUUCAAAUAAACCGUUUUGAUCAUACUUGACCCACGUGAAGUUGUUAGGAAAACAUUCUGGAGGAGCGAUUUGAUUCGAUUAUAAAUGGACUGAAAUAACACUUAUCGGCAACGUAAAAUUUGAUGCUCUGCAUUUUUGAUGAGUUCUGAAUUGUUUGGCGUCAUAGUCUUACAUUGGAACAACUUUAACACUUUCAAAUUGGGGAAUGGCGCGAGAAUCCUGAUGUGAUUACAAGUCACGUUGCCUCAAUCUUUUCGACAUCAGCAAAAUGGAAGAGGGAUUUCUGAUGUCUCUUGGUAGGCUAACAUUAUGACGUUAUGAUUAUGUAUAUAAUGAACAUUUUUACAAUCGGAUAUUUGGAGUCCAAGUAUUUUUCCCACGGGAGGAUCCUGGUUUCGGCCUGUUUUCCUUUGUAAAGAAGGAUAUGCUAUCAAAAGCACGACUUCACAUUAUGAAAAUAACACGCCCUUGAAUUUCCGUCUAUCCUUCGUUUUAAUUUCAUUUUAGCCGAGUCACUCGUUUUCUUGCGUCAUUCUGAUGGGUUACUCCCUUUCUCAAAAGGAGAUGCGAAAAGGUAUGGUUUGAUUCUUUUACACGGUUACGGUAGUGGGAUAUUACAUAUUAAAUCACUGGGUGCGAACGUGGUGUAAGCAUUUCCAAAGUUUCCUACACAACUUUGCUGACUUUGAAUAAAGGAGGUAAGUUUCUAAAGAAACUGUGGUUCUGCGUCGGUGGGAGAGUAUAGAAGGUAAUUUAGUGUUAACAACUGAGUUGAAAACGUAAAUUGGCCACCGUAAAGGAUAAAAAAGCUGACGUUUCGAGCGUAAGCCCUUCAUCAGGGCGAUUGAAAUUUUGCUGACUUUGACUGAGCAAACGUUUACCAACAUGUCAAAGACAGACACUAAUAAUUAUGUGACGACAACAACUGUCGAAAAGGCAACAGUUGAACAAUUUAAGUAAUCCUAACUCGCAAUCAUAUCUACACAUUUUGAGUAUACAUAAGUGAAAUACCUAUUUUAUAAUCUGGGGCAAAAUUAACAUAAUUAAGCUACACGUUUUUAGGUUUUUGAUUCUUAAACUCACCAGCCGGCGUGGAAGCAUCUUCAGCUCAAAAGUGAAUGUUUUUCCCUGAUUCUUCCAAUUUCUUUUGAGCCCUCAUGUCAACAUGCACAAUUAAUCCUUGGCUGCCUUCAAAUUAAAAUAAAAAAAGAAGAAGAAACCACAAUAAGUUGUUCCGCCCGGCAAAAAGUGCAAAUAUCUCUGGCUGGUCCUCGAUGUGAUAGAUCUAUCGCAUGGCUAUGCUUCAAAGCGUGCUUUGCAUGCAGAUUUAGAUAUGUUAAUCGCAGUCUAAACAACAAAGGUUGUGAAUCACAACCGAAUGAAAAUGUACAAUUGUGUUACAUUUUUGUACAUUGCUGAAAUCUCACUGCAAAUUUUAGCGACUGCGGCAAAUAGAAAUAGGAUGCAACAAACAAAAGGUCUCUUUGAGCCGAAUAAUGAUUUUGAGCCUUUUUUUUUUUUAUUUAACCACGUGAAAUAUAAAAUCUUUAUUUUCAAGUAUGAUUCAAGCCUACAAAGCCAAAACAAACAUAAUGACGACCAAGUUUGAAUUGAAAAUUGAAGAGUAGAGGAUUUGGUGAAGAGCGACUGCACUCAAAAUGAGCACCAUAUCGUACUUUGGGUCAGGUAAAAUCGGCCAUAACGUUUAUUCGUGCAAUGGUGGUCUCACAUUCUCAAUUCAGUAUAAGGCUUAAAUAGCUUUUGUACUUUCAUUAAGGCUCCACUUGAAAAAAGGCUUUUAUGGGCCCGUUUAAUUUGUCAAAGGUCCUGGUUUCUUGACAAAAUUUGUUCGAGACUUUUGAGAAACGGGGUCCUGCUUGGCAACGUUAGCUCGUAAGUUCCUGAUUUCACUCGUUGACAUGACAUUACUGAUCCCCAAUUAUGUAGCUAGCGGGUGAUUCCCGGCGAAUUAACUAAACCGAUGAAACCAGUGCACCAGUCAUUAUAAGAUACCUUAACGAGCGAAGAUGAAUUCCAAAUGAUCUUUACGUUGAGAAAUGACCAUCACAUUUCGUUCUUCCACUCACUAGCCAAUAGCCCACUAGACACCAGCUAUUCCCUCCCUUUCUGCAUCUCAUCCACCACCGCCUCCUGAACCUGAGACCAUCGGCCGUUUGAUUUUUUUAUCGCUUCCAGUCUGCCGGGUUAAAAAGAAUGGAGAGAAAAGAUACGUGUUAUUCCCUUCUCUGAAUCUUUUAGACGAAAUUCUUAUCAGGAUCAUGGGUUAAGCUUCCCCCUUAUUUACAAAAAUUUUCCAAAAGUAUCUGCCGCUGCGAGCAGGAUUCGAACCUGCGCGGGGAUACCCCAUUGGAUUUCAAGUCCAACGCCUUAACCACUCGGCCAUCGCAGCUCCUUAGUACCUUCAUAGCCAGGAAAAGUAUAGAUACUUAGGCUUUAUGAAUAAUACCAAAAUGGCUCAUAAUUACAGAGUUUAUUUUUUCACCUUCUCGAGCAUAGGAAAUUGAAAUGCAAAGAAAUACAUGCAUUUCAACAAAACAAUGUUGCUUCUGUAACCUUGCAAAACCUAAUAGUUGCAUGAAAUGUUCAAAUUUAGGUUCAGAAAGCCUACAAUCAUAUGUUUAUGUAAAUUAAAGAGAAUCUUCCUUGUCUAACAACCGUUACCAUGUUAUGAAGUAUGCCACCAUUGGUAAGUCUUGGUAGAACUAAUUUAAAGCAAAUCGGCUUUGAGCUGAGAAACUGAGCGAUAAGAUUCAGUAAACCCUAGUACGAUAGUUGCAAGAAUUUUAUCUGAAACUUGUUCGGUUCACUUUUGCCAGCUCAAAGUUAAAAUCUCUAGUAAGUUUCAAUAUUCAAAUAAUUGGUUCUUUUUUCAAUUAGUCGUCCUGCAGCUACGCUUUAUGUCACUCUCUUAAAAUAAAAUCAUCACUGAGAGGGACUGGAGACAAACAUUUCUUUUGGUCAAAUCGUGUUUGCUUCAUAAACUAAUGAGAACAAUAAGAAAAAUUUUAACUUUAAACUUUGAACAACAGUUUGGUAAUAUAUGGUUCAAUUAAUAAGUAUUUCAUAUGCAAAACUCCAACAAAGGUAAACGUAUUUAUCCAUCUAUUUUUCAACCAAUUAAAAAGUCUCACGCUGCGAGCAGGAUUCAAACAUGCGCGGGGAAAUCCCAAAUGGCUUUCAUAUCCAACGCCUUAACCAUCGCGACGCUUCAUAAACUAAAAGUUAAGAGGGCUUUACAUUCACCUUGGAAAAGGAUGUUACAUAUGUAUAAUUUGAAACAUUUUGUAUCAGUGCUACAAAUGGUGCGCGCUUUUCCGCUUACAUUAAUCAAAUCACACCACUUUACAAGGAUGUACCCAUGUGAGAAUCUACUUGAGAAACUUGACGAGACCAACCCCACCCCACUGCGCUCGCUCUCAUUUAGCCCUAGAGAUCCCCACUCAAACAUUUUACUUUGGAGGCCAUGAAUUAUGGCUAAUCUGUUCCGUAUACAUGUGGUUAAGAUUCUAGAGUAUUAUGCCCUGGUAAGACCUUGUAGACCUUUUCAUGAAAUUCUAGGAACAUUAGUUUUAAAGAUUUGAUGAGAUUCAUUAUCUCAUUUUAACAUGAACAUCUCUGAUAUUGCAUCUGAUAAUAUAAGUACGACAUACUAUCAUAUUUUCUGUUUUGGCACAAAUUCUUGUCAGAUUAGUUACGGUUGCUACGUACGGUUUCGUAAGAACGCCACUCAAGACAUGUAAUAAAACAAAUGAAUAAAAAGUGAGGUAGUAAAUGAAAAAUCUCAUGCAAUCUUCUUUUAUAGUGCUUCAAAUAAGCUUUGUCCUUAAGUCGUGGUGCUGAGUAAACGGUGAUAAAUGACCUCUCUAUCAAGUCCUUUGUGACACGGUAGUGUGAGUGUGGUACGAAGAAACUCAGCUAAUGCUGAUCACUUUCCCGUUUGUUGAUCGUCAACAGAGCAACUGAAUUUAACGAAUUAAGAGUGAAUUUCAGUAUCAUGGGGAGCUUUUCCAACAUGUGGAUAAAAUAUACAUUCUCAAAUGGUACAUGUAAAGUGCGUUAGUACUCUUUAAGCAUUUUCUUUUCGAAGGCUUUUCUUGUUAUAUGGACUUAUCUUUGAAUCUAUGAACUGUUUGAAUAUUUAUGUUUCCAACAUUGAAAAACGUUGCUAAGAUUUCUUAAAAGCUCACUCGACCUACACAUUUAAUCACAGCUGCGAUGGCCGAGUGGUUAAGGCGUUGGACUCGAAAUCCAAUGGGGUCUCCCCGCGCAGGUUCGAAUCCUGCUCGCAGCGUGCACACUGUUUUGCCUUGGUAACAAAGAAAACGAAGAUUACUGCUUUCGUGCCACAGAGCAAAUACUUUUCGGGUUGCUUCCAAUUCACCUCCCCCAUAACCUCGUUUUAUACUGAAUCUGAAGCUAUUUCAGUAAAAUUGAUUUUUGUUACUGCUGGCCUGUCAAGACAAAAUGAAACUCUUUAGUCGCUUCAGAUUAUUCCUCCUCAUUUUAUAAAUCAGCACUUGCAAUCUCGUCAAGACGCUAGCUAAUUUUGCAUCUUCGUUUGUGAUUAUAUUUUUUUAAGUAGAACGUAGACUUUGCAUAAUUAUAAGAAGAACUGGUGAGCAUGUAAGAAUAAUUUUAUCAACUACCUUACAUAACUAAUUAAAGAUGGAUAUAGAACGAAAACAAAUCGUGCUUUAUGUACAAAAAUGUAUAUAAACUCCGAAUAACUUGCUUAGCUAAAGCAAAGGAAGAGUUCACUGAUAAAAUCAUCAACAUAAAAAGCAACUAUCUAGAAUUCAAUAUUUCAAAUACUUGUGAACGAUCAAUAGUCUAAAGGUCAAUAUUUACGAAGAGAAUAAUAAAAAAGGAAAAUAUAAAGGUUGGUUUUAAGCGAAAGUUUCUUCACCAGAGGCGGCCCGUUCGAUUGGAAUUGUGGGCCUCUGGAGGUCUCCUUGUUAGGUCUUUGUGUAGACUUAAUGUUCAUGCAAGAUGACUAAAAUAGUGAUAAUGAUGAUGAUGAUGAUGAUGAAGUGCUGAGGUGAAAGAAACAGAGACAUGUCCAAGCUUGAUCCUCACUCGGGCACCUAAGAUUUUAUGACUUUUGAUGAUUAAUGACUAUAGCAGCUUAACUUUACAUUAUAAAUAAAGCCAUCUUGUAAGUUAUUAUCCAAAUACAGUACUUAUUGACUAAUACCCUCGUGCUACGUUUACUCUAAGAUCAGUCCAGCAAAUGAAAUCGGGUCACUGAUUAGCCUAUCAGAUUUGAGAAUUGUACGGUAGCAUCAAUGAAUGUGAUUCUGGCUUUGAAAGCAAUUUUUCAGCCUCGACCAACCAGUAAAUUUAAAACAUUUAUUGGCUUCACCCCAUGAAGCAGUCCCGAUCCCAAUUAAGAAUGUCUUAUGCUUUAGAAUCUACAAAUGUUUCGCCUUUUUCUAGAAUUCUAAAAUCGAAAUGGGAUUUUCCCUCUCGGUGACAAAGGGUCCUCACUGGAAGGUAAAAUAACUAUAUAUAUUAUAAGAGCAAACAAUUUCAAAUGUCUUGGUAAAUCAAGCUGCUAGCGAGUAUUUCAUGCCAAAUGCGUUGAAGUACAAUUUACCACCAGUGAUUUUACCCCACAAAUUAUCGCGUUACUUAGGGUGCAUAGUGAGCUGGAUAAUCGAAUGCAUUUUUUUAAUUCAAUAAUUCACUACAAAGCAUCAGCAUGUGUUCAAAUACACGCCUUAAUAUCAUUUACAACUGAACAUAAGCCAAUAACCUUAAAUAAAGUGAUUCAGGAAUCGUUACCUUAAUUCCUAAACUAGAAAACGCAACCUUAAGCUUUGUUACCCAUUAUCCAUCAUUCAAAACAUCUGUUGUAGGUCAUUCGCAACAUUUCCUUAGCCAUCCUUGGUUAAUUUUUCUCGCAAAAAAUUAAAGUGCCUACUGCAUCUCAUUGAUUUGUUUAUUACCUUCUCAAAAUAUUUAGUCACGUCAGUUUGUCUUAGCGUAAACAUCAUUCUUAUAAAACAAACCCAAAAUUAAUUUAAUUAGAAACCUGUAAAAGCUAUUAUGUAGACAAUAAGUUAAUUUAUUUCGCAACCCGCGUAAACAACAUUUUUUUCAAAGAAAGCUGUAAAGCUUACACUUUGGUUGUUCUUUUCGGAAUUUGAAUUUUACUGCAAAAGCUACGUAGUGUCCAUUAUAUCCCGAUGGCAGCAUGGUACUGGAUUACUGGUUGGAUUCUGAGUGUUAUGUCCCUCGUUGGCAAUGGUUUCACAAUAUGCUUAAUCAUAACCAGACGCCGAUUGUUCACUCUUCCCAACUGGAUUAUUCUCUCGCUGGCCUUGGCCGAUUUCCUUUUUGUCUUGAGCUACUUUCCGGCUUCGUUUUUCUGCAAUGUGUUCUUCCAUUGCCAUCGUGGACACCGCAUUAUGGUGGCGUCCGUCUUCAUGUAUGCUUCUGUAACAAAUUUGGUUGUUCUGACCAUCGAUCGGUAUAUCUCCAUUGCACUGCCAUUACGAUACGUUGUUAUGGUGACUACUCGACGUGUUUUGGCCGCUAUCAUUUCAGCCUGGCUUCUUUCGUUAUCCCUUGCUCCAAUUCAGUAUUUGGUAGAGAGGACAGAAUCAAAGGAUUUACAAAGAACGUUUGAAAUAACCCGAAUAGUAGUCAUGGAAGUAGUACCCACUGUUGUUUUAAUUACUACUACUAUUCGAAUGCUAUUGAUUAGAAAAAAGCACCGUCAACAAGCCGCCAUUCAAGUCGCUCAAUUACGCUACAACAAAUGGAGGGGGGAACCUGAUUGUCACUUCAAACUGUCAAGAACGCGGAGAGAGAUGUCAACUGUUCAAAUAAUAUGCGCUGUAGUAACUGUCUUUGUCGUUUGCUAUGCCACAAAUAUUCUUUUGUCUUUUUGUAUUGGUCUUCAUAUCUGCGACCCACCGACUGAGAUCCGGGAUCUUUUAGGGAUCUUGUUGAUUGUGAACUCGUUAGUUAACCCUUUUGCUUAUGCAUUUUUGAAAAAAGACAUAAAAAAAGAGUGCGAGGGGAUUUUAUGUCGAAAACAAAUAGCUGACAAAACACGAUGAAGUUCUGACGAUUCGUUUUUCAAUAGAACCGACCACUAAUAUUAACGACUUUCUUGAAAGGUGUGGGUUUUUUUUUCCCUUUUUAAAGUUUCCUGUCGUAAAGAACAAUGGCUGUUUGCUGUAUGCAUCUAAUAAGAUAUCAACCAAAACUAACUUGUUCACAGUCAUGAUAAUUGGGCUGAGGCCCCCAUAAAUUCCAGCAAUUAUAGACAUGAAAAUUUCACAGAAUUAAACAACACAAGUCUGGACGCUUUAAACCAGUUAAAAAUACUGUGUUAUUGCUACCCAAUGCAUACCAGUUUUAAAGAGAUUGCUAAAUAGCUACUUUGAUGUACAAAUUAUUCAAAAAGAGAAAUUUGAAUGGCCUCGUUUAAUCCACAACGAUAACAACUUGGUUUCUACUAACACCAAUAUAAUGAAUUUAAAAUGGUUCGGUGAAGCCAACGCAACCUGUUAAAAUACUAACUACUUGGUGUGUUUCUCCUUAAUUACCUCUUCUUUACAGCAGUUGUGUUUAUAAUUCAUGAAAAGCAAUAAAAAAGACGUAUUUUAAUAUUUAGGUUUGUCAAUAAAAGAUGAAGUCUUUAUGAGGGGCAACAGGACAAAUGUUUUCAUCGAUAGAGGAUUAAAAAUAUAGAUCUGAACUGGUUCUAACAUGACAUAGACAUAGGAAUAUCUUGUAGCAGGCAGCAGCAGGAAAUAAAAAGAACAAGCGACUUUGCCGGACACCUCAGCCAUUGAUUAUAAAAUCGUUAUUUACAUUUACCAUCGACAAACAUCUUAAUUGCAACGCCUUAAAAAUCUACUAUUUGAUAAACCAGUCAAGAUAAUGAUAUUCUGGUGGACUCCUGCUUUUUUCAUCGCCAUUGAGCUGUAGAAAACGUACACUUACAACUGAUAUCAAUGAUCUAUGUUUUCCUUUUCCUAUUGUUUUCCUUCUAAGUCAUGGAUAUGAUUCCAAGUUACGUAACUAUCGCAUGGCUUUUAACCAUCACAGCAAUCAUUGGAAACGGUCUGGUUAUUUAUCUCAUAAUCAUCACAAAACAACUUCACACGACAACAAACUGGUUUAUUCUGUCGCUUGCUGCGGCCGAUUUGUCUUUCGCCGUUUGUUUUUUUCCCGUGGCGUUUUUUUGUGAAACAACUUUCGCCUGCGACAACGUUCUCCAUGGCAUAAUUGCGUGGCAAUUCGCUACCAUCGCCAUUGCAAAUCUCUGUGCAAUGGCUACCGACAGAUAUAUCGUCAUCGUAACUCCAUUCAAAUACGUUCGUAUUAUGAACAAAAGACGAGUUCUCCUGCUCACUGGUUGCGCUUGGGGAGUACCCCCUCUUCUAUAUCUACCACCAAACUUAUACAUGCACUUUGUCGGCGCAACUGAGAACAUUCACCUAUUAUUCCAAGUCAUAUACAGUGUUCUCUUUGAGAUAUUGCCUUGCGUCUUUCUCUUAAGCGCGACGGGGAAAAUUCUGGUCAUAUCAAGACGUCUUUACCGACAGACUGCAGUAAUGCAUGCGCAAUUGCGUUUUAAUCAGAUUAAUCUCAGGCAGAACAAAGGACAAUUUUCCGCCACAAUUAUUAUUAUAGUGGUGGGGCUCUUCAUCUUGUUCUACACAAUGGACGUAGUGGGAUCCGCAUGUUUCUACUUUGAUGUCUGUGGACUAACUGAUGAAUUUCAUCACGUUAGAAAGCUAUUGUUGAUCGCUAAUUCCGCGGUUAAUCCUUUCCCGUACGCUUUUAUCAAAAGAGACAUUAACAAAGAAUUUAAGAAAAUGUUUAAAUUUCGAAAAGAAAGGCCGUAA